AUGGCGCGUUCCAACCUGCCUAUGAGCAAUAUUGCAGAGUUCUACCUCCUCAUUGCUAAAAAGGCACUUGGUGACUUGGGCCAUACUGCGGACCACUUCAUCCAAGACCUCGCGACAGCCGCACAGCGGUUCCCUCUGGCAAGCCUACCCUCCGUGAGCCAGAGUCUGAGGGAUCACCAGGAGACUCCCGGAGAGGGCCCGAAGAAAGACCAUCCUGACCUGCUACCGCUUGAGGCUCGCUGGCACCGAUUCGCUGAGUGGAGUGCCCAAGGCCGACAGGAUGGGUACAAGGAAGAAGCGCUGACCACCGAUUGGCAACUUGGCCUCACCAAGAACUGGGUCUACGAAGAAGCCCUGGAUAAGUAUGCCAGCAUGGGCCUUCCGUCGGCUGGGCCAAGCAACUGCGCAUUCUGUAUGAAGGAGAACCCCGACUUCGCCUGCCACGAGUGUUGUGUCAUGGUAGACGGAGCACACCUCCAGACCCAGUAUUGCAGCGAGACGUGUCGGACCAAGCACCUGAACGCUCAUGGGAACGUCUGCCGUACCCGGAAGGAAGUCUUCAAAGCUACAAGCCUGAUCCAUGCAAUCCUCCGACCGUUUUUCCGCCAGACAUACUACCGACCAACCGGCAGGGUUGUGGCCAGCCGCCAGGGCAUUCUAGUCGUGAGCUACCCCCGGGACGUCGACCGAUACACCCGCGCAGCCACACCUGAAAGCAUGGUCCGUGACGAUCACGACGGGCCGGAUUGGACGCCUCUGGGAAUGAAUGAAAUGCCGCCGCCGGUGCUGAAUCGCGACUACCGAGACAACACAUUGGCGCUAUCUCCCGCCCAGCAGAGGAGAAGCCAGGAGCUCAGCCGAGUGGGCAACAACCCGCGAGCCUUCGUCGGCGGUCUCGUCAUCGGGCGCUUCCCCGCCAAGGCGGUGAAUAAUCGGCACCCGACGACCUUGACCAGGCCCGGGUUGCCGCAUGCACUGCCUCGGGGGCACAACUACUGCGGCGGCCCCGGCACCAGUCUCGGCUCUCUCACCCAGGACGUCAAGGCAGCGACCCAGGAAGCGCUCCACACGCUUGGGGGUGCGAUACUUGAGGGGGAGAGGAUAAAGCAGCAGAUCCUCCAGCGAAACAUGUAUACCAUGGACAGCAUAGCCCAGAGAGUCAUGUUCCACUUGGAUGGUGAAGCGGCCAUAUAUUACGGGGAGAGCGCAGCGGCGCUGGCCUAUGGAAUGCCGCUGCUGAGCGAGCUGCUGAUGCCCAUGUGCUCCAACAUUGAGGUAGUGAUCGUGUCGCCCAAGAAUGCUCGCGUCUCUGUUACUUGGUGCGGGCGGCAACUCACUCCCAUUCGUCUCGGGGGCCCCGAGGAUGAGAGGGCGCAUACCCAGCCAGGGGAUACCGUCCGAAACAACAUGUUCUUUGAUCAUCACGUAUUGCGAGUCACCCUAGCUACGGAUGAGCGGUUCGCGAUCGAUUUCACCGGCGGUCAAUAUGGUUGGAAGGAGCAGUUGUGUCUCUGGGAGCAAUACGAGUCCCAGCGAGUCCACCGCAUCAAGUCCAUCCAAAGCUUUCCACUGGAAACCUUCAAGCCGCCCUCGCCGCGUGAGUACCGGGAGGGCAUCGCGCAUCAACUGCGGCUCAGCGUCAUGAACCGUAUCCUGGCCCGAAUCAGGGAUCCCAUCCCCAAUUUCAACUCGAUCCGCCCCAUGUUCGACGAGGGCUUCCACAUGACCAAAUACCGCUGGGGCAAGAUAAUCAAUGCCGCCAUCCGAGGCGCGAAGCGCGCCCACCGUAGGUCCGGGGUCAACCGCCUGUACCUCGACGAGGAGGGCGUCGUCCAGGUGACGACCACGCCGGACCAGGGCGCCUACUACCGCCGGGUCUGGCUCGCGCCGGAGGAGUUCGUCAAAACCACCCUACAGCAGUACGGCCCGAUGCUGCGGCUCUGGAAGCUCAAGUGCGGCGACCAGCGGCCCGUCACGCCGCCCUUCGACCCACCGCGCCAGCGCCGGGUCUGGCAGUAG